AUGAGCGGAUUCCUCGUUGUCACCUACACCCAGGAAGGGCGCCAGCCUCAGCGCCGGCGCCGGCGCCGCGACCAGCGCCGCGACCUGUCGCUGGUGGCGCUGAUGCUGACGGCGCUGACACGGCUGCUGGGGCUGACGGGAGCCACCCACUACCUGGCGACGCUGGUGGCGACGGCGGCCACCAAUAAAAAAGUGUUUGACAUCGUCACCAACACCUACGUCGAUCCGGAAACGCUCUUGACCCCGUUCCAACGGCGCCUCGAACUGUACCAUCAGGCGCAGCUGGACGCCAAUCGCGACCCGCGGUGGCGCCAAUUGCUGAAUAACAUAAACGAUGCCGUCGACGAUGACGGCGUCCGUUUAUUUCAUCGGAAACGCUUGGAUCAGUGGCGCCUAACCUAUCGCCAAUCUCAACCGCUGCUGCCACAAAAUAAACUGAAAAGUGUCGGAAGUGUUUCCGAUAUCGGGAGCGUCGGAAGUGCCGGGAGUAUACGCCCAUUGCUAGCCCUGCCUCGGUUCUGGGGCACCGUGUACCAGGAUAUCAAAAUCGAGCUGACCCACGCCGCCUGUGACUACUUCGACGUGCUUCCCCCCGUCGGCGACACCAUUGCCUUCUUUACCACGGUGGUCGACGGCGUUCUUGCCCAUGUAAAUGUGGUGAGCGCCGACACCAGCGGGGUGACGGCGCCCGACGAAUUGACUAAAUUAAGGGCAGCGGUGUACUGGUACCUCGCUGACGACCACGCAGCGCCAUUAUACGCCCAAUACCAGCAGUUUAUGAUGGCGCCAGUUGUGGCUGUUUAUCAUCCACCAGAUGUUUGCUUUGGUCUCGGAGGAAUUGGUAGAGACACGACCGGCGCCGGCGCGUCCGACACUCACGGCGACGGUACUGUCGGCACCACUGGCGACACUGUCGCUGACGGUAUCGGCGGCAUCUCUGACCAUACUGCAGACGCUGACGCCGCUGGCACUGCCGCUGGUGGCGGCUACUGA